AGCUUUUUGGAGUCCCAAAUUUGACCUCCCCUCGUCCCCCUUCGAACGAAUUAGGGUUUCUCUUUCUCUCUCUCUCCUCUUUCUCUCUCUUAAAUUCUUUAUAUUUUUCCUCUUUUUUUCUUUUCUCGCCGAAGAUUCCAUCACAUAUCAUCAUCAUCAACAACAUCAAAAAGAAAUUAGAAAUCAAAAUAUUUAGAAAAACCCUAAUAAAUCUUGACGGACUAAAUCUACAGAAUUUGAUCCAUCUGAAAUCGUUGACGCUUUUGAUCAUUGUUCUUCUCACAGAUCAGAUCUGCUUAAAAAUUUGGCCUGAUUAUUCACGCUUACAAACCCUAAUUUUCAUUUUUAAAUUUUGGGAUAAUUUUCCCUUUUUUAGUCGGAUUUCUGGAUUUCUUUGCUCGAAUUUGAUAGAUCCGUGUGUUUACAUGAAAUUUGAAUCUCGACGAAGAAGACGACGAAGAAGAAUUGAAAAUCAGAAACCCUAACAGUCCAGAUCGAACCCAGAAACUUGAAAACAGUAACAAAAAUCAAGAACAAAAAAUGAUGAAAACGGUAGUUUAUGAGGGUGAUAAUCUACUGGGUGAAGUAGAGAUAUAUUUUGAGAACAACGCCAACAAGAUUGAAAUGAUGAAGAAGGGGAUGUUGAUGAGGAUAAGUCAUUAUUCAGAAGCAAGUGAGAGAUGUCCACCUCUUGCUGUUCUUCAUACUAUUACUAAAUCAACUGGUGGUGUUUCCUUCAAAAUGAUGGAGAAGUCGCUCUACUUUCAACAACACAAUGAUUCCCAGAUUUUUGCUUUGCAUUCUUCCUGUCUCAGAGGCAACAAGACGGCUGUGGUGUCCCUGGGUGAGCAGGAGAUUCAUCUGGUGGCAAUGCGUUCAAGGAGAAUGGAUGGUGUAACAACCCCUUGCUUUUGGGGUUUCAUUGUCAUGCCAGGGUUAUAUGAAUCUUGUCUUGGCAUGUUAAAUCUUAGAUGUCUUGGUAUUGUGUUUGAUCUUGAUGAGACGCUGAUUGUUGCAAACACACUGCGAUCUUUCGAGGAUAGAAUUGAGGCCUUGCAAAGAAAAAUGACUGUAGAAGCUGACCCGCAACGUAUGGCGGGUAUGAUGGCAGAAGUGAAACGAUACCAGGAAGAUAAGGCUAUACUGAAGCAAUAUGCUGAAACUGACCAGGUGGUGGAUAAUGGGAAAGUCCAUAAAAUUCAAGCUGAAGUUAUUCCAGCUCUAUCUGACAACCACCAAACAGUUGUUCGACCGCUUAUUCGGUUACAGGAUAAAAAUAUUGUCCUUACUCGAAUUAAUCCUCAGAUACGCGAUACAAGUGUUCUUGUAAGAUUAAGACCUGCAUGGGAAGAUCUACGCAGCUAUCUAACUGCCAGAGGCCGUAAACGCUUUGAGGUUUAUGUUUGUACAAUGGCUGAAAGAGAUUACGCUUUAGAAAUGUGGAGGCUUCUUGAUCCUGACUCAAAUUUGAUUGGUGGGAGGGAACUUUUGGAUCGCAUUGUGUGUGUCAAAUCUGGAUCAAGGAAGUCGUUGUUUAAUGUUUUCCAAGGUGGGAUUUGUCACCCCAAAAUGGCUUUAGUAAUUGAUGAUCGUCUAAAGGUGUGGGAUGAGAAAGAUCAGCCACGGGUGCAUGUUGUGCCUGCAUUUGCUCCUUAUUAUGCUCCCCAAGCCGAGGCAAAUAAUGCCAUCCCAGUUCUCUGCGUGGCUAGGAAUGUAGCUUGCAAUGUCCGAGGUGGUUUUUUCAAAGAAUUUGAUGAGGGUCUCUUGCAACGAAUGUCUGACGUUUAUUUUGAAGAUGAUCCCAAAGAUUUUCCUUCCCCCCCUGACGUGAGCAAUUACUUGGUAUCAGAGGAUGACGGUUCCGGUUCCAAUGCAAACAAAGAACCGAUUUGUUUUGACGGGAUGGCGGAUGCCGAGGUUGAAAGAAGGCUUAAGGAAGCAGUUUUAUCCUCUUCUUCAGCCCCUUCUCUUCCGUGUGUAACAUCUUUGGCGACUGUGAAUCUUGAUCAUAGGCUGGCAUCUUCUCUCCCGUUCUCUGUUGCUGCUUCUUCCAUGACAAUUCCACAACCUGCACCUCAAGCAUCAAUUGCACCUUUCCAUGCUAACCUAUUUUCACAAGCAGGUCCUUUAGCGAGAACAUUGGCUAGUAUUGGUCCCAAGGACCUUGGCCUGCACAGUUCCCCUGCUCGAGAAGAAGGUGAAGUACCUGAAUCUGAGUUAGAUCCUGAUACAAGGAGACGGCUUCUUAUAUUGCAGCAUGGCCAAGAUAUGAGAGAAGGCUUACCAAAUGAGCCUCCGUUCCCGGGAAGACCUCCAGUUCAAGCUCCUGUUGCAGGUCCUGGUUCUGGUCCUGUUCCAGUCCCUGGUCCAGUGCCUGUUGCAGGUCCUGGCUCAGCUUCAAUCUCAGUUCCGGGUCCUGGUCCUGUUCCUAUGUCUGGUUCUGUUCCAGCUCCUGCUCCUGCUCCUGUUCCUGUUCCACGGGUACAAUCACGCGGUAGUUGGUUUCAAGUCGAGGAUCACAUGAACCCAAGUCCUCUGGGCCGAUCAGCCACUAAAGAAUUUCCUAUGUCUCCUGAUGCUGUACAUGUUGAGAAGCAGCGGCCACCUCCCCCUUUUCCUCGAAAAGUGGAGAAUCCAGUUUGGUCUGAUCGAAGUUUCCCUGAAAAACAAAGACUGCCGAGGGAGGCUUCUCGCAGAGAUGAGAGAUUGAGGUCAAACUAUUCAGUGCCUAGUCAUCAAUCAUUUCGAGGCGAUGAAAUUUCUUUGAGCCGAUCAGUCUCAAGCAACAAGGGUUUCGAAGUUGAACCUGAAAAAGGCAGUUCAUUGUCGGAGAAUCCUUCAGUUGCUUUACAUGACAUUGCAAUGAGGUGUGGAGCAAAGGUUGAGUUUAAGCUAGGGUUGGUUGCUACCUCAGAGUUGAAGUUCUUUACGGAGGCUUAUUUUGUUGGAGAGAAAAUUGGUGAAGGAACUGGUACAACCAGAAGGGAAGCCCAGUAUCGUGCUGCAGAGGCUGCUUUGAUGAAUCUGGCUGAUAGAUAUUUGACCCAUAUAAAGUCCGAUGCUAGCACUCCACAAAGUGAUACAAGUAGGGGUCCGAGUCCAAAGGACAUGGGAUUUGCAAGUGAUGCAAAUUCUCAAGGGGAUUGCACUUCAAAAAAGGAAGAGACAACAACACCUUCAUCGGAGCUUACCAGGCUGGAUGAUUCUAUUCUAGAGGGCUCUAAGGACUCCAUGGGCUCUGUUUCCGUUCUUAAAGAAUUGUGCAUGAUAGAGGGCCUUGGUGUCGAAUUUAAAGGUCAGUCUCCGACUUCAACUAAUCCAGUCCACGGAGAUGAAAUACACGCAGAGGUAGAAAUAAAUGGACAAGUUCUUGGCAAGGGCACAGGAUUGACAUGGGAUGAGGCAAAGAUGCAGGCUGCUGAGCUUGCUCUUGCAAGUCUUAAAUCCAUGCUGGGUCAAAUUACUAAGCGUCCAAGCUCUCCGCGGUUGUUGCAAGGGAUGGCCAGUAAACGCCUUAAACCAGAAUAUGCUCGGGUUUUAGAGCAUAUGCCGUCUUCAAGAUAUCCAAGGAAUGCAUCACCUGUGCCUUGAAACCAAGAACAUAGAAUUGCACUCUUUUUUGAUUAUAUGGUGUGGCCGAUGUACAGCAGUUGCCACAUCCGGCAUCACCAACCAGGCCAUGGUUUAUUGCCAUGAAAGCCCAAUCACCCAACCGGCCUUUCCUAGGAUACACAAUUAUCAAGACAAGCUCGAGUUGUUCCAAUUGAGUUUGAUGUCGAAUGUAUGCUUAGAAUCAAAAACAGGCCAUGUUUUAUCCAGACGUUCAGACGUUAUGUAAUGGUCUUAUGCUGAUCCAAUGAAUAAUCAUACGGAGAUGGUCUUUAAAGGUGCUGGUGAAUCUCAAGGGCGUUGGUGUACUUUGACUUGUACAAUGCCUGAUGUACAGUUGAGACUCAUUGCUGUAGAAGAUUGAUUUAACAAGCAUCUCUCUUCUCUUGGCAAUUUUGUUUGUGGUCGCUCAAAGCUUGCAGGAUGGGAAGAUCAUUUUUUAGAUACAUCUGACAACGGCAACCUUGGCCUGGCUUAAUUUUGUUAGAAGCCGCCGGUAACAUUGACAAUUUUCAAUAUCAUGUACCAUAAUAUGCGUUGUAUGAUAUGAUAUAGCUAGAAUUAUAGCUAGUAUUUGUUGCACAAUACCAGGUUUCCCAAAUGAAGCCAAAGAAUACUAGUCAUUGUUUUUGCCUGAUGUGCAAAUUUGAGUUGAAUAUAUAAAGAAUUUUUUCUCCGGCAA